AGUGUACUUUAGUACUCUAUACAAUUACCCGAUAAUUAAAAACGUUCCAAUUUAAGAAAAUAAAACCGUGUGCGACUUAUUUAUGUACGCACGUAAAAAGUUAUAUUGCCGUAAUUAAUAUAUAUCUAUAUAUUAAUACGUGAAGCAAAAACUUUAUAUCCCUUUUUACGAAAAUUGCGCGGACGGAGGAGUAUGAAAGUUUCCACACUUAUAGAGAAUAUAGAGGAGAAGUGCACAAUGCUAAUUUUUUUUAAAAAUAAUGCAUAAAAGAUACAUUAAAUCAAUAAAGAAAACAUUACACACACUACAUACCAUGUAUUUGACGCACACACGCAUGCUAUUUUUUUAAUGUCAAACUUUAGUUCUUGACGUCUGUAGUCAAAAUUGAGAAUAGAUUAAAUAUUGUUUGUCUUUAUUAAUAUUUUUUUUAGUGUAGCCUUGGCGAAAUUUGUGAUUAUAGUAUGUAAUAGUGUUCUGUGAGUAUGUGUACAAACUUACAAUUCCAAUUAAUUAUAGUCGAAUUUCGACUACUGCGGGACCUCUAGUACAUGUAAACACGUUACUUCGUUAGAUACUAGAAAUACACCUCGAGAAUUCAGUGGCUAACGGAACCCAGAGACACGAAUGUCGCUACCCACCUCAACCCUUGAGGCCGAAGUCUCAACUGCGCCCUAUGACGCUGGGUUAACUGUCAUUACUGGUGGUAGGAUUUCUUGUGAGUCCGCACGGGUAGAUAUCACCACCCUGCCUAUUUCUGCCGUGAAGCAGUAAUGCGUUUCAGUUUGAAGGGUGGGGCAGCCGUUGUAACUAUACUGAGACUUUAGAACUCAUAUCUCAAGGUGGGUGGCGGCAAUUACUUUGUAGAUGUCUAUAGGCUCCGGUAAGCACUUAACACCAAUUGGGCUGUGAGCAUGUCCACCAUCUAUGCAAUAAAAAUUAAAUAAGCCCUCUACUCACUGUUACUUGCUCGAGUCUAUUGUGAUCCUAAAUCAAACUGGUGCUUACAUACCAGUUGUUAGCUCCCUUGUAUAAGAAAAACUUUAAGAAUAUAAAAUAAAAUAAAAACCUAGAAAUACACCGUUACUGGCAUAGAAACAAAACUGAAGAACCUCUGAUGGCUAAUUAUAGGUAAAACUAGACUUUCAAAUGCUGAUCUGUGGGUGUAUGAAGAUAUACAAUUGAACCUUGACCUGGUAGUAAAUGGACAUCAAAUAAUACAUCUCAGCAAAAUUAUGUAUAUUUUAUGCUAUAGUUGGCUCGGUAAUGAUUUUUAUGUAACAUAACUAAUAUUAUGAGUCAAAUAAUGUAAUGAAAGACAUAGGCUUUACAUAACGACCUAAAAAUUCCUUUAAUAACUUAAAUGGCAUUAUAAUUUUUAUGAGUUAUGUAAGUACAUAGAUCACCGAUGGACAUGUCAAUAACUUGUCCACUAGUCCAUCCCGUGAGCCAUAGUUUAUAAUUAUAAAGAGAUAUAAAAUAUGUUUAGUAACAUUUUUUUAACCUGCACAUUGUGCACCAUUUAUAAUGUUACUUACUCACAACACACUUUUAUAAAUAGACAUUAAAAAGUACAUGGAAGAAUUAAUGAUAAAGUAUUGUUUUUUUAAUUUUAUUAGAAAAAUAAUACUUAUUAGUGAUGCAUGAGCAAAAACUGCUGUAUAAUUAGGACGCAGUGAAUGAGAUAUUCAUUGAUUAUUACUAUUUUCCAAAUAUUGUCACCUAUCCUAUGAAUGAGUAAAGAUCUGUAGAAUCCACGUGGUUCUGCAAAUCAAUUAAAAAAAUGGAAAUGUCCAUUAUCAUAAAAUUACUAAACUUAUAAUAAAAAUUAUUGUUAUAUUUACAAAUUAUGUAUAUAACAAAAUAAUAAUAAUAAUAAUAUAAAAAGUUAUUCCACUUAAAUAUCGACUGUCAUUCACUAUCAUUAAAAUAUGGUACAAAUAUAAAUAGAUAAAAAUCAACACAAUACACAGUUAAGAACAACAUUAAAACAGUUGUCGACUCAGUUAAAACUACCAUUAAGGUAUGCGUGCUGAAGUAAGCUCCCUCCGGAUUUUUGCCACCAUCUCUCGCAACUCCUGGGCCAGAACCCGAGGGAGGCCAAGUGCAUCAACAGCUUCCACAUUCCUCAACCGCACUGCUACACAUAACAUGGCUACUCUCCUCAGCUGUCGCACCGAUGUAUUGAUUUACAAUGGCUGUGUGUGUUGCUGUUAUCGGAAAAGAUAACUCGCCGUUGUACAUUGGUGGCAUCGGCAACGACACCAGCAGCGACAAUGAGCUGUCCCGGCAGUGGCUCGUGCACACGGCGCUGGACGCCCUGGAGGAGAGGCUCACCACUGCGAACCCUAACAAUUCAGGAACGAACACAACCACUGCCCGAACUGAUCUGCGGGACUUGUAUUUAGGAUUACUGUUUUCCACAGAUACUCAUAAAAUUUACGGCUACGUCACAAAUACUCGUAUCAAACUAGUUCUGGUGACCAGCUCCACGUCGCCGAGCGGCAGUAACAUCAGGGAUGCCGAAGUAAGGACGGCGCUGCGCAGGCUGCACGCUCUGUACGCUGACGCCAUAUGCAAUCCAUUCCAUUUACCCGGUGAUCAAAUUACUUCACCGAAAUUCGACAAGCAAGUCAAGAAUAUAAUGCUCAACAAUGUUUGAACCUUGAAGAAAAUUAAAUUAUUUAAAGUAGCUAAACAUUGUCUGUAUUUGUACAUGUCAUAUUGUUAAAUAAAAAGUAAAAUCUAA